AUGGCCACAGCUAUCUGCUCCGCCAUGACCGGCGGCGAUCCCCCAAACCUUUCGAGGGCUAUAACUACAUCAAAUAAUGUUUUCACAACUACCGUGCCGACGUGGCUCGGCGGAGCAGCUACCAUUAACGGCACCUUCCACAGCAAUAGUUCCGGUGCAGGUCUCGUUGCCAAAACUGAGGGGGAUGGCCUAAAUGGCCUAGAGACUAUAGAUGUCCAUCUUAAACAAGGCGCCCCGGAACACGAGAAGUACCUGGCUCCUCGUCUCGAUGUAGCCCCUGAGAGCCUCCCAAAUAAUGCCGACUUCACGUCCACAGCCGCCCCAGACGCCUUCAACAUGACCGCCGAGCAACUUGACGCUGCCAUCCAAGCUAUUAUUAAGCCGUAA